AUGCGCUUCACGUCCAUCGUCGCCCUCCUUCCGGCCCUGGCCCUGGCCCAGGAGCAGGUCCCUCUGGCCGAGCGCGUGCAGGGAUGGUUCAACAAGGCCAAGUCCUUCGUGCCGUCGGCUCCCCCGGCCGCCAACGCCCCGCUCGAGAAGCUGGCCGAGAAGGUCAGCGAGACUCACGUCACGACGAUCGAUAUGAGCAACUGGCAGGAUCUCCUCACCCCCGGGGUGAAGGAGCAGGAUUGGCUCGUCUACGUGACGGGCGGAAAUAAGAGCUGCUUCGGUCGCUGCGGACAGGCCGACAAGGCGUUCCAGGAAUCCACCCUUCUGUUCGCUGCGGAUCCCACCUCGCCGAACCUCGGUUUCGUGGACUGCGAGUCGUCCUCAAUCCUGUGCUCCAUCUGGUCCGCCGGCGCUCCCACCGUCUUCUACUACCACGUUCCCAAGGCUCCCCAUGUCGGCGAGGAAAGGGCACCCACUCCUCUCCACAUCUUCUACCUCAACACGACCACCGUCACCCCCAAUGAGAUCUACCAGAUUCACGGAAAGCAGUUGUAUAAUGAUAUUGCCCCCUAUGAAGGUGCCCUGCACCCCAUCGAUGGCUGGCUCGCCCGCACCCACCUGAACAUUCCCCUGGGCUACCUCAUCUGGGGUCUCGGUGCCAUCCCGAGCUGGAUGUUCAUGAUUGGUAUCUCCUUCUUCAGCCGUACCAUGAUGAGCCGCCGCAUGGGCAAUGUUGGUGCCCCGCAGCAACGGCCUACCCCGGCUGGGAGCGCGAACUAG